AGAUACAAACGCACAGUGUCGGCGGGAGAAGGACGUGAGGAGGGAUGUUGGACCAGUGACGAACCCUGGUUUAAUAUCAGACGAAGAAGGAACUAUACACGACGAGCAUCUGUCCUACUUUUCUUCUCCGACAUUUGAGGAUUAUAUAUCACGGAAUUCAACAAGUCCGUUUUACUUCAGGACUUUCUGGACUCUUUUUUUUUUCUCCCGGGGAAGAACUGUUGCAUUGUGCGCACUUGACAUGAAUGGGAACUGCGUUCACGCUCAGUCUGUACUGAAUGCAAGUCUCCACCAAUGAAUCAGUCGGCGAAAAGAGAAGGCUUUUAAUACAAGGGAUCCCCUGACUGAUCUGAGAUCAGCCAAGUUGCUCAGAGACUUUCACAAAAUCCUAUUUAUUUAUUUAUUCAUCAUGGGACGCCACUUACUGUUGCUCCUCUUCUCCAUCCUCUACAUGCUGCUCUGCCAGGCGUCCUCCUCAGGCGUCUUCGAGCUCAAGUUGCAGGAGUUUUUAAACAAGAAGGGCGUGCAAGGAAACAAGAACUGCUGUAAAGGUGGACUGACUACCUCUUACCAGCAGUGCGAGUGCAAGACUUUUUUCCGCAUCUGCUUAAAGCAUUAUCAGCCCAAUGCGUCUCCAGAGCCGCCCUGCACUUAUGGAGGCACCGUCACCCCUGUGCUGGGCUCCAACUCUUUCCAAGUGCCAGAUACCUUACCGGAUGGCUCUUUCACCAAUCCCAUCAGGAUGAAUUUCGGUUUCACGUGGCCGGGAACUUUUUCUCUUAUAAUCGAAGCACUGCAUGCUGACUCCAAAGAGGAUCUGACAACAGAAAACCCAGAGCGCAUCAUCAGUACCAUGACCACACAGAGGCACUUGACUGUGGGUGAGGAUUGGUCUCAGGACCUGCACAGUGUGGGACGAACCGAGCUCAAGUACUCCUACCGUUUUGUGUGCGACGAACACUACUAUGGUGAAGGAUGCUCAGUGUUCUGCCGGCCCAGAGACGAUGCAUUCGGUCACUUCACCUGUGGAGAACGUGGAGAAAUCAUCUGCGAUGCUGGGUGGAAAGGCCAAUACUGCACAGAACCUAUCUGCCUGCCAGGGUGCGACGAGGAGCAUGGAUUCUGUGAGAAACCUGGCGAGUGCAAGUGCAGAGUGGGCUUUAAAGGGCGCUACUGUGAUGAGUGUAUACGCUACCCAGGAUGCCUUCACGGUACCUGCCAACAGCCAUGGCAAUGCAACUGCCAGGAAGGCUGGGGUGGGCUCUUCUGCAACCAAGAUCUGAACUACUGCACACAUCAUAAGCCCUGUCUGAAUGGAGCCACUUGUAGUAACACGGGCCAGGGCAGCUACACCUGUUCCUGUCGGCCAGGAUUCUCAGGAGCCAGCUGUGAGAUCGAGGUCAACGAAUGCACUGGAAACCCCUGCCGCAACGGAGGAAGCUGCACUGACAUGGAGAACACCUACAGCUGUACCUGUCCACCUGGCUUCUAUGGGAAGAAUUGUGAACUUAGUGCCAUGACAUGCGCGGAUGGGCCAUGCUUUAAUGGUGGACGCUGUGCUGACAACCCAGAUGGUGGUUACUUCUGCCAGUGUCCCACUGGAUAUGCUGGGUUCAACUGUGAAAAGAAGAUCGACCACUGCUCUUCCAGCCCAUGCUCAAACGGUGCACGCUGUGUCGACUUGGUCAACUCUUACCUGUGCCAGUGUCCGGACGGGUUUACAGGCAUGAACUGUGAUCGCGCCGGAGAUGAGUGUUCGAUGUACCCUUGCCAAAACGGCGGGACCUGCCAGGAAGGCGCCAGCGGUUAUAUGUGCACAUGCCCGCCUGGUUACACCGGACGCAACUGCAGCUCUCCUGUGAGCCGCUGCCAACACAACCCAUGCCACAAUGGCGCCACUUGCCACGAAAGGAACAAUCGUUACGUGUGCGCCUGCGUUUCGGGAUAUGGAGGACGCAAUUGUCAAUUUUUGCUUCCGGACAGAGCUUCCCAAAUUGGCAGCGACGUUCCCUGGACUGCUGUGGGAUCGGGAGUGUUGCUGGUGUUAUUGUUGGUCGUGGCGUGUGCAGUAGUCGUAGUUUGUGUUCGUUCAAAGGUUCAGCAGCGACGACGGGAUAGAGAGGAUGAAGUCGCCAAUGGAGAAAACGAAACCAUUAAUAAUCUCACAAACAACUGCCACCGGGAUAAAGAUCUGGCUGUUAGUGUUGUGGGAGUGGCGCCGGUUAAGAAUAUCAACAAGAAGAUCGACUUCAGCAGCGAUCACGACGAUUUGAGUAUGACGACGGAGAAGCGGAGCUAUAAGACGCGGCAUGCGCCUGCAGACUACAACCUGGUGCAUGAGGUUAAAUUCGAAGUCAAGCACGAGGUGAAACUGGAGCAUGCUGGGAAGGAGACGACGAUGGCAAACGAGCUGUCCGAUAGCUGCGAGGAUAUAAAGUGCCAAUCCCAGCAGGACUCUUCCGAGUGUACAGAGGAGAAGCGCAGGAAACGUCUGAAAAGUGACGCAUCAGAAAAGUCAAAAUAUUCAGAGUCAAGGUAUUCCGAAUCAAAGUACUCAGAAUCAAAGUAUUCGGAAUCAAAGUACUCCGAUGUAUCGCUGUAUUCCGAGUCAGCAUGUGCGUCGGCAUGUGCAUCGGCAUCCACGUCGGCUUGUGUCGACACCAAAUACAAAUCCGUCAUGGUGAUGUCGGAGGAAAAAGAUGAAUGUGUAAUUGCAACUGAGGUGUAAUGGGCCUGCAGGAUGCCGAUGCUCAUUGUGUCCUAUGGGAGACAUUUUGAACUCCCGGAGAAAAUGCUGCUGCUCGAAACCUUAGGUGGAAACGUCCCACCUCGUGACUACUGCUGCUGAGAAACUAAGACUGAUUAACUGAUAUUCAGGAUGAGCUGGUUCUCUGUACUGAAAGAGGCGCAGGCAGUGGUGGCCUGUAGGCUUGGAAACUUGUGGAAAUGAUCAUGAGUGUCAUUAACAUUUCAAAUGUAGUUGUAAAAUUUACCUGUAAAGCCAUUUUUAAAGGGUGUUGGACAGUGUGUGUCCAUUAAAAAAAAAAAAAAAAAACAUUCUCAUCACACGACAAUGGCAUUUGGCAAUGGCAAACGAAAGAGAAGGGAACACAAGGAACCUAAAAGUUUUACGCCAUGCGAUGUCCAAUACUGUGUCAGCAUUGUGGCAAUGUUUUAGCAAUAUUUUGGCAACAUUUGCUGUUUUUUUCCGCCAAUAAUAAUUCCCACAGGCUUUUAACUGUGCCCAGAGACUGCACCAAACAUGAAUGAUGUUAUGGACGUAGUUAAAAAAAAUAAAUAAAUAAAAAUGUGUCGCAAUUUGCCGUCGACGGACCAAUUUGUGAUAUCAUUUUAGCAAUAUUUUGGCAACAUUUGCUGGCCCCACAAGUCAGUGUACAAGGGACUACAUCAAAACGGUGGAUAUUCAGCCAUACUGGCCUAACUUGCACUGGGUUAAAAUGUCACAUGAUGUCAUAUCCUGUCACAUGACCAGUGAAAACUAUGUGUGUUACUUGAUCACUGUGUAAAUGGGAAAAUAAGUGCUCAAAAAAAAAAAGAAAAAGAAAAAAAUCUCAAAGUCUUCCAAGCCUCCGCUUUUUUUGCAUUAUGGUUUAGAAAAUGUACGUAAUGAUUUGUUGAGUUUGUGUUGAUGCUGAAUAAUAUCCUUUGUCUCUAUGUUUCUUGUUUUGCUUUUUAUAACAAGAGUUGUAUGAUUUAAGUUAAUUUAUUUUUAUUUAAGUUGUAUUUCUAAAUAUUUGUAAUGUUUUUAAGAUUAUUUAAGUUUUUUUUGUUCCUAAGUUGCUCCUGUUACUUGCAAAGGCACUUCGGGUUGCUGGGAUUGUUUUGAGAAAAUGUUAUUUAAAGAAGGAUUGUAAAAAAAAUGUUAUUAAUGAUGUCAUUAACAGGCUUUUCGUUUGAUUGUUUUCUUUCUCUGAAUGAAGUUUAGCUUAAAUUAUUUUUCCAAAUAAAGAUUAUGAACUAUUGAAAA